GUGUCCCAGGGCCGGCAUGGCGGCCCCGCCGCCCUCAGCGCGGGGAGAGCCCUCGGCGCCGCCGCCGCCGCCGCUGCAGUACAGCGUCCUGCUGGAGCACCUGGUGGGCGACAAGCGGCGGCCCCGCGCGUGGGACCCCGCCGUCUUCGGCGGCAUCCCCUGCCCUCCCAAGAGCGAGGAGCAGAAGAUGGUGGAGCGGGUCAUGGAGAGCUGCCCGUUCAAGGCGGCGCUGGCCUGUGUGGGAGGGUUCGUCCUGGGAGGUGCGUUCGGGAUCUUCACGGCGGGCAUCGACACCAACGUGGGGUUUGAUCCCAAGGAUCCCUAUCGCACGCCCACGGCAAAGGAGGUGCUCAAGGACAUGGGGCAGAGGGGCAUCUCCUACGCCAAGAACUUCGCCAUCGUGGGUGCCAUGUUCUCCUGCACGGAGUGCGUGGUGGAAUCUUAUCGCGGGAAGUCAGACUGGAAGAACAGCGUCAUCAGUGGCUGCAUCACGGGAGGAGCCAUCGGCUUCAGAGCCGGUUUGAAGGCCGGGGUGAUCGGCUGCGGGGGAUUCGCCGCUUUCUCCGCUGCAGUCGAUUACUACCUGCGGUAGCAGCCGGAUCCCUCAGGAGCAGCCUUCCCUCCAGCUCCAGUGCCGCUGCUGAGAGCCUGCACCACGGCAGAACCACCAGGCUUACCUUUCCCCUGCCUCUGGAGUCCCGGCGAGCGCGAGCGGGGCGGCGUUGGCCGCGUUUCUGAAUGACUAACAACGCUCUGGCUCCCAGCCCGGGCGAGCUGCUCCGGGCAGGCUCGCGGGAGUACGCGAGGAUGGAGCCAGGGACAGAGCAGCAUCUCCAGGACGGAUCAGCUGACUGUCAGUUUCCAGGAAACACGCCUGGACUCUGAGCUUUCUCAAUCUGAUUUUGAUUAAGUCCGUUGCUGGCAUCAAAAGAGGCAGGAGGACAACCUCCGAGCAGAAACGCACUGAUUUAGGUUACCGUGUGUUUGGAUGUGCUGCGAGUGUUUAACAGUUUGCAGCUUGCUGCUCUGUUCGGGAGAGGUAAGAUCCUGUGGAGAAAUAAGUUUGUUCCAGGCUUUUCUUAAAAUACCAUCUGAAGACAAACCAC